CCUCUGCCUGAGGACCGGCUGGGAGGAAUGCCGGCCGCGGACCCAGGAAGCGACGAGAAACAGACCAUGGAAAGGAACAACAUCAUUGACUUCAAGGCUUUGGAGAAAGAGCUGCAGGCUGCCCUCGCUGCUGAUGAGAAAUACAAACGGGAGAACGCUGCCAAGUUGCGGGCAGUGGAACAGAAGGUGGCUUCCUAUGAGGAGUUCAGGGGUAUUGUCCUUGCAUCACAUCUGAAGCCACUGGAGCGGAAGGACAAGAUAGGAGGAGAGAGGACUGUGCCCUGGAACUGUCACACUACUCGGAGAGGGACCUCCCAAGACGAGGCCACUGAAAUCUCCCAGGAGCAAACGCUCCUCCAGCCUGAGACCUCGGCAGAGUUCUACCGCGCCUGGCGGCGGCACCUGCACAGCGGACCAGCGCGCUACCAGACCCUGCUGCGGCUUGGAGGCCCAAAGUUGGGUCACCUCUUCCGGACGGACGUGGGGUUUGGGCUUCUAGGGGAGCUGCUGGUGGCACUGGCCGAACACGUGAGGCCGGCCGACCGGUCAGCGGUGCUGGGGAUCCUACACAGCCUGGCCAGCACCGGGCGCUUCGCCCUGAACCUGAGCCUGCUGAGCCAGGCGGAGAGAGAGGGCUGCAGAGGCCUGUUUCAGAAGCUGCAGGCCACGGGUCCUCUCAGGCCCACAGAGGAGGGGCCCGGCCAGGAGGAAGAGCGGCCUGGUGGGUUCCAGGAGGAGGAAAGGCUCUUGCAAGAGUUGCUAGCAGUGUACCGGGUGGAUUGACAGGGUCAGUGACCCGCUGAGGCCCCCAAUGGUCCCUGGAGGCUUCUUUUGCUUGUUGUCCCGGGGGGGGGGCACCCCGCAGGACUGCGAGGAGAAGCCCACGCCCAAUUUCCUUCUCAGCUUGGGAUUUUCAGAGCAAAUAAAGGAAUCGAACCUUCCCAA